AUGGAGCAUUUUGAUUUUCAAGAAGACCAUACUGCAUUAGAAUUGGAACUGACUGAUUUUCAAAACUAUUUACUUUCCAUAUCGCUUUCUUCAAGCUCUGAAAAUAUUUGGCCUCCUGUUCCUAAAGAAAAAUACCCAAUUUUGGUCCACGUUUGCCUCAAAGUGAAAGCAAUGUUCAGCUCUACAUACCAGUGUGAAGUUUCUUUUUCUAGUAUAAAAUUUAUUAAAAAUAAGUACAGAAACAGAUCCACUGAUGAACACUUGGACAAUUGUAUUCGAAUGACAGCCACUACCUACUCUUUCAACACUAAAAAACUUGUUGAUGAUUAA